GGAGCUCCACAGGAACAGAAUCUCUCAUGUUUGGGCGGAGAAUAUUCACAGCGUUCACUGCAACAAACACAGGCUGAGCUUUAGUCUGCAGCGAAAACCAAAGUUUUAGCGUGUUCUCGCUCUGCGUGGCUGUGCGCAGUUUGGCGGGAAACCAAGGUUAAGGCGAAGUGCGCUGCACUGAAGGAAAUCAGAUCGUGUCCUGAGAGGUGAGGCUGCUGUUUACCGCACCUUUUGUCUGUCGGUCCCAGAUUAGGGGGAGAAGUCAUUUGCCCUCCAGCCACUCUACAACAUGUCGGCUCCAGGUUAUCAAUCUCCAAACCAGCCUCCAUACCCUAUGCCCCAGCCAGGUGGCUACUCCAUGCCCCCGUACCCUGUAGGAGGUUAUGGAGAGCCUGGACAGGCCCCACCUGCAGGAUUCCACAUGGGUUAUGGGCAAGGUCCGGAUCAACCAAUUAUGUACCAGCCUGCCCCAGUCAGUCCACCACAGCACCCAGGCCAAGUGCCCAUGCCUGCUUAUGGGGGUCCUGUAGCUCCUCCUGUCUCAGGUCCUGUAGCAGCACCCGUAGCAGCACCUGUAGCCGUGCCUGUGGGAGUACCUCCCGGUCUGGAGUAUUUAACACAGAUUGACCAGGUCCUGAUUCACCAGAAAGUGGAGUUGCUGGAGGCAUUUAUCGGCUUUGAGACCAACAACCAGUAUGAGAUUAAGAACAGCAUGGGCCAGAAGAUCUACAAGGCCAAAGAGAAGAACGACUGCUGCACGCGGAAUUGCUGUGGCUCGCUGAGGAGCUUUGACAUGAAGAUCAAAGACAACAUGGACCGAGAGGUCAUACGGCUCAUCCGACCUUUCCGCUGUGCCACCUGUUGGUGCCCCUGCUGCCUGCAAGAGUUGGAAGUGCAAGCGCCCCCUGGGACCACUAUAGGCUAUGUGUCACAGGACUGGCACCCCUGUUACCCAAAGUUCUCCAUCCAGGGCCCCAACAGAGAGACAGUAAUGAAACUGGAGGGGCCGUGCUUAGCCUGCAACUGCUGUGGAGAUGUCAACUUUGAGCUGAGAGGCAAGGAUGGGGGAAAGCCUAUUGGUCGAAUCAGUAAGCAGUGGACUGGACUGUUAAAGGAGGUGUUUACCGAUGCAGACAACUUCGGAAUCCAGUUCCCCUUAGAUAUGGAUGUUAAAAUGAAGGCUGUGCUGAUGGGAGCUUGCUUCCUGAUUGAUUUCAUAUUCUUUGAAAAAGUCGGAGACACCAACCAACGCAACACUGUCUUCUCUUAGAGAGGUUGCCUUAGGCUUUAGAUACUAUUCCUUUUUAUGACUCGCAUAAAAACAUUUUGAACAGUUUUCAGUUCUUUGAAGUAACACUUUCCAGUCCAAUCUACUGUCAGCUCUUUGCUUUUAAGCCACUCUCACUCACUCACUCACUCACUCACUCACUCACUCACUCACUCACUCACUCACUCUCUCUCUCUCUCUCUCUCUCUCUCUCUCUCUCUCUCUCUCUCUCUCUCUCUCUCUCUCUCUCUCACUCUCUCACUCUCUCACUCUCUCUCUCUCACUCUCUCACUCUCUCUCAUGGACUGAUACAUCGAAACCAGUUUUUCCACUUUGUGUUCAAGCACUUAAUGGACACACCUAAAGCCUUUUAGACCACAGGUAAUUCAAUCAAGUUGUUAGUGCCAGAAUGACUUUAGGAUUUGUUGUACUGAUGUAAUGUUUCAUUAAUACAGUGUGAAUGAGUUCAUUGUAUCUUUUGUAUGAAUCUGCACAAAAUCAGGUUAAAAUCAUUCAUUUUUAUUCAAAGCCACUUAUUAGUCAUAGAUGUUUUAAUUACUGUCAUUUUAUAAAUAAUCUGUCGUCAUUUCUGGCUACAUGCAGCAACUUUAAAGCUUUUUGCAGAUUGUGUAUGAUCUGUUUGAUAACACUAACAGUGCUACCUCUACUUUAUGAUGAGUUACAGUGGCUAAGUUUUCUUGUAUUAUGAUUUUGUGACAUUGUCUGUCUGUUCUGAAAUGUCAGAAUCAAGUCCAGGCAUGUUCUUACCCUUUUGUUCACCAAACUUCUGAUCUUGUGAAAGUGAGGAAAAACUGAGACUCACUGGGGGCGGUGCAUGGAAAACUUUUCUAAAAUCUUUUCCUCUUCCCUGUGGUGGAUGACAACACGCCUAAAGAAUGUGUGCCUUUUCCAGUGUGCAGGGAAAUCCACAGACUUCUACAGCAUGUGGAUGUUUUUAUUGUAAUAGAGAACAGACGUUUUUGUUUUGGUCCAGAAAUGGAGUAGCUUUCUACGGCUUUGUCAGCUUUAUGUGGCUUUGUAAUGAGGAACAGCAGGAUUUGUGUUCCUAUGGUUUAGCAUGUACUAACAACAAAUAUAUAGUGAGGAUGUAGUAGAUAAUGUGUUUGACAUAAGUAUGAUGAGAUCACCACCACUUUUCAGAGUUAUUAAGCUCAAUACAUUUAAUGCUAAAGCUGCACUAUGUAACUGAAAGAAGGAGCAUUACAUUAAUACAUCCUUUACGAAGUUUUGAGUCAGCUCUUUUUGAAUGCGCUUUUAACACAUUUGCAACCAUCUGAUUCAUCCACCGAUGGUUGCAAAGGGCACAACCCAUGUUACUAAAUGUUCAUGUUGCAUGCAAUCACAUAUUUCUCCCAAAUAUGUCCCCAAAACGUACGUAGUGAUUUUCUCAAAUCAUUUUGACAAUUCUCAUUUUGGCUCUAAGGAAUGUUUAAUCCAUUUCAAGAAAAAUGUUUUUGCCUAACCUUAUUAGAAACAAGUGCUUCAUGAAUAGCCUUACCAGUACCCUCUUGUAUAAUUUAUUAUCUAUAGGAAACUUAUAAAUUCGCCACAGUAAUAGCCUUAUCAAAACUUGUCAAGUAGGAAAAAGUUGCCUUCAUAGGAAUUGUACAGCAUUGUAUCCUGGUGCCUGUAUUAGUAAGACUUUCUUUAAAGGGCCUGUAUCAUGGAAAACUUUAUUUGAAGAAAGUGAGGAAAUUAAGAGUCUGAUGUAGUAUAUAAACUCUGUUAAAGUAUUAAACAGAGCUAUGAAGUCCAUAUAUGGAAACUAAGCUGCAAAAACAUAUAUACCAUUAUGGCCUAUAUCUAUACCAUUCGAGCUGAUGUUCCAAGGAGUGUUUCAGAGGUAAGAAAAUGGUCAUGGAAAUUGAAUGACUAAUAGUAAACAAAACCACAUACAUGUCAUAAGUGGACAUUAGAGGGGAAAAUUAAACACAAAACAAAUGUAAGAUAUGGGUCCUUUAAGGAAUUAAUUGCUAAAAACCAACACCUGUAUAUUGGUAUUCUACUGCUGAUCUUGCCAGUGCUUUCUUGUCUUGACAUGUUUAUGUAUGUGUGUAUAUGUACAUGUAGUUCCAUACUAUGCCCUAGUAAAAUGCCUAAACAAAAGUUGUGCAGA